AUGGUCCACGCCAUCAAAAUGGGUUGGGCAAGGAAACCCAAACCAAAGGAAGAGAAGAAGUUAUACGAUUUAUGGGCUGCAGAGGAUUCUAUGGAUCACAAGACAAAAUCCGAAUUAGCUAGGAUGAGAAUGCAUAUGCCUGCACCGAAGAUGCCCCUUCCCAGUCAUGCUGAAUCGUAUAAUCCACCAGAAGAGUACUUAUUUGAUGAAGAGGAAAAGAAGAAGUGGGAUGAAACCGAACCUGAAGAUCGGCGACUUCAAUUUGUUCCUCAGAAGUAUGAUGCUCUGCGGAAGGUGCCUCAAUAUGAUAAAUUCCUCACGGAACGCUUUGAACGGUGUCUUGACCUCUAUCUUGCACCUAGGAAAAUCAAAAUGAAA